AUGAUAGUAGAAUUUGGUAUGGUUGCUGGUGGAUUAGUUCUUGGACGUGUUAAGGAAUUAAAUGUAUUUAGAAAAAUAACUGAAAUUUAUAUACUUGUUCCAGUUUUACUUGGUUUAAAAGGAAAUUUAGAAAUGACAUUAGCAUCACGUUUAUCUACACAAGUGUGUAGUCUUAUACUUGAUUUUACUGUUUUUCAACCUGCUAUGAAUGAUGUAGGUGAUAAUUUAGUAGCUGUUCAAGCAAGUCGAUUAUCUACUACACUUCAUCAACAAGACAAACUAGGAGAAUUUCAAGAUAUUACACAAUAUCAUGCUUCAAAAUUUUGUCGUAAUUCAUACAAAAUAUUGUAUUCAACUACUAUAUUAUUGAUUGAAUUCUCGAUUGUUUUGUAA